UUAGUUAGUUCAGGUUUCUCCAACAUUCUCUCUCCUCUUAACUACCUAUACAUUAUACAUCAACAGUCAAACAACCACCACCUUCCUCCCAAAUUAACAACACCUCCACCCAAAAUAAUUUACAGAGAGAGAAGAAUUUACAUCACACAAAAAUAUUCCAAGAAUACCCUUCCAUACUCCACGCGCCAUGAUGAUGCUUGUGAACUGCUCCGGUUGCCGGACCCCACUACAACUACCGCCCGGCGCAGGAUCCAUCCGCUGUGCCGUUUGCCAAGCCAUCACUCAAAUUGCUGAACCACGCGCCGUACCUCCUCCUCCAAACACCGGUGCACCUCAUCCUUCUCAUCAUGUGGCGCCACCGCCUCCUUCUCCUUAUUCUCACGCGCCUCCUGGCCUACCGCCGUCACCUCAUGGCCGGAAAAAGGCUGUGAUUUGUGGGAUUUCUUAUAAAUUUUCUAGGCAUGAGCUUAAAGGGUGCAUUAAUGAUGCUAAGUGUAUGCGUUUUUUGCUCAUUAAUAAGUUUCAGUUUCCUGCUGAUUCUAUUCUUAUGCUUACAGAAGAAGAAACUGAUCCAUACAGGACUCCUACCAAACACAACAUUAGGAUGGCAAUGUAUUGGCUUGUAAAUGGCUGUCAGCCUGGAGACUCCCUGGUUUUUCACUUUUCUGGCCAUGGUUCACGACAGAGGAAUUAUAAUGGAGAUGAAGUGGAUGGAUAUGAUGAAACUCUGUGUCCUGUGGACUUUGAAACACAGGGGAUGAUUGUUGAUGAUGAAAUAAAUACUGCUAUAGUCAGACCUCUUCCUCGCGGGGUUAAGCUUCAUGCAAUAAUAGAUUCAUGUCAUAGUGGCACUGUUCUGGAUUUACCAUUUCUUUGCAGAAUGAACAGGAGCGGACAAUAUGUUUGGGAGGAUCAUCGCCCUCGAUCAGGUGUAUGGAAAGGAUCCAAUGGUGGAGAAGUAAUCUCGAUUAGUGGUUGUGACGAUGAUCAAACCUCAGCUGAUACAGCUGCUUUGUCACAGAUCACGUCAACUGGGGCUAUGACUUACUGUUUUAUCCAGGCCAUUGAGCGUGGACAGGCUAGUACCUACGGGAGCAUGCUAAAUUCUAUGAGGUCAGCCAUACGUAAUGUUGGAAAUGGAGGAGGUACUGGAGGAAUUGCUGGAGGAGGUAUUGUUACAUCUCUUUUGACCAUGCUAGUCUCCGGAGGAAGUGUUGUUGGUGGGGGGCUAAGACAGGAGCCACAAUUGACUGCUUGCGAGCCAUUCGAUGUGUACAUGAAACCCUUUUCCUUAUGAUUGACAAGCUCAUAUUGAGUAUAUUUAUAUCAUGUAUCUUGGAAUUACAUUUCGUCUUCUCUCCGGCUGUCAAAGAUAUCGAGUUGGAUGUGCUAUUUGAGACUAAUUUGUGUCCAAUGUUUUUGCUGUAAAUUAUUAAAUUUUUAAUGCAGAAUAUCAUAUGUUUUUAUGCUGAUUAGUAAUGUAUUCUGUGCACUGUGUAUUCUCUUUUGAAGCAUGUAGUGUAAAUUUGGACCUGGCUAAGUGGGAGUGUGCAUACUAUAUUGAUUUGGAAUACUACAGGAUACACUAGAUAGAAUAAUCUUCUCAGUUUAAUGUUAUAGAGAAACUAUUCUUGUAUAUUCGAGAUUUACAAAAUUUGGAUA